AUGGCAGCGGAAGGCGGCGGACCGCCGGCAGGCGGCAGCGGCGCGCAAGACUGGCUCAAGCUGUCCAGCUUUGAUGCCGCCUCCUUCUUCAAGGGGCAGCAGCAGGAGCAGGAGGAGCAGCGCACGCUGCAAGGCCAGCAGCUGCAGGCGGCAGCCGACAUGCUGCUGCCCUCCAGCAGUGAGGAGGAGAGCAGCAGCGAGUUGUCUGGAGAGGAGGAGGAGGGCCGGGGGCCGGCGGCAGACCGCCGCCGACGGUCUCCCUCAGCGGGAGCCAGCGGCGAGGAAGGCCGCAGCAAGAAGCGAAGGCGGGAGGAACGGCGGCGGCGGGAGGGCAAGGAGGAGAAGCGGCGGCGGCGGGAGAAGCGGGGCAAGGAGAAGCGACGGCACCGCGAGAGCGAGCGGGAGCAGCAGGUGCGGCUAGAGCGGCAGACGGGUGCGGCGCAGCGAGCCUCCCAGGUCAAGGCCUGGGCACCUGCCGGCGCUUCAGCCAAGAAGGAGAAGGCCCAAUACUACUUUGACACACGGGGCGACGCCGCCAACCUGGCGUUUGGCGGGCUGUACCGCAUGGAUGUGGCGCAGUACCGCCGUUUCGACCCCGCCCACUUUGCCGCCAGCCUGGGCGCCGCGCGCCGCGGCACGGCGUAUGGCAUCAGGUACCUUGCCACAGAGGCAGAUGGGCAUGCUCAGCAUGACCGCGCCAGCCGGUACUUUGGGCCCGCCAGCCUGCGGGCCGAGCGCAGCGCCCGCCUCAAGCGCUGGCGCCGCAGCCUGCCGCAGCCGGCGGCGCAGCAGGCUGGCACGGAGGGCGAGCCCACGCCUGCCGCGCUGCUGGGCUGGCGGGGGCCGCCGCCCGCCUCGGGGCCCGAGGCGCAGCAGCCUCAGCGGCGCCGCAUGGAUCUUCCCAGCCUCAACUUCUUGCCCCUGCGGGUGGAGGAUGCCGAGCAGCAGCGGCAGCAGCCGCCACCCGGGCAGGGCCCGGCCUUCCAGCAGCAGCAGCAGCGGGUGGCCCCCUCGGCGGCAGAGGAGCUGGCUGCUGAGAAGGAGCAGCGACGGCGGCGCGAGGGGGAGACAAAUGAGGAGCUGCUGCUGCGGCGCACGCGGGAGUUCAACGAGGCCACCCGCCAGCGCUCCCAUGACGUCCAGCUGUGGCUGGAGUUUGCCCACUUCCAGGAUGAGGCGGUGCGGCUGGGCCCGCCACGGCGAGGCGGGGAGCGGGGCGCCGCCGAGAAGAAGAUUGCCAUUCUGGAAAAGGCGUUGAGCCUGCACCCCGGCUCAGACGAGCUGCUGCUGGCGCUGCUCAAGGCGGCUGAGGCGGUGUGCGACGAUUCCGAGCUGGAGCGGCGCUGGCGCGCCGUGCUGGCGCGCCACUCCGGCAGCCCCCGCCUCUGGCGCGCCUACCUGCACCACAGGCGCACCCGGUUCAGCGGCUUCAGCGCUGUGGAGGUGGCUGCCGCCUAUGACGACGCCUUUGCCGCGCUACACCGCGAGCACCGCCGGCGUGCGGCCCAGGGCGCCCCACCCAGCGCGCUGGCGCCGCUAGAGGCCGAGGCGGCGGCGGUCGCGGUGGAGGGCGCGCAGCUGCGUCUGGCGGCGGGCGCCACGGAGCGUGCGGUGGCGGCGCUACAGGUGCUGCUGGAGUUCAACUUUCUGGCGCCUGAGGGCUGGCCCGAGGACGCGCUGGAGGCGAUGUUUGAGGAGUUUUGGCGCAGCGGGGCGCCCAUGGCGGGCCAGCCGGGGGCCGCCGGCUGGGCGUCCUGGAUCGCCGGGGAGCCCGGCGGCGCCACCACGGCGGCGGCGGCGGCAGAGGGGAGCAAGCGGCGGCGGCAGCGCCGCGAGGAGGCGGCGGAGGAGGAGCGCCGGCAGCAAGAGCAGCAGCAGCAGCAGCAAGGGGCGGCCGAGCAGGGUACAUCUUGGUCGGGAUGGGAGGAGAUGGCACCAGCCAUCCGAGCCCGCUUCGGCCAUUCACUGCGGAUGGAGGAGGGGGCUGGGGAGGAGGCAGAGGGUGCAGCAGCGGUGGCUGGAGAAGACGGGGAGGAGGGCUUGGAGGACGAGGAGGAGGCAGAGGAGGACCAGCCCCCCGAGGAGGAGACGGAUGAGCAGCUGCUGGAAAGGCUGGGCAUGCAUCUGGAGGCAGCGCUGGAGGAGGCAUCCACCACCCUUACCCCCCCGCUGCUGGAUACCUGGCUGGGCAUGGAGCGGCAGCGGCAGGCGGCGCAGUGGCAGCCGCGGCGAGCAGAGGCACCAGCGGCGGCAGGGGAUGGUAAUGGCAGCGGUGAAGAGGAGGAGGACGACGAGGAGGCAGCGGCUCAUCGCACCGUGGCCUGGCGCGAUGUGCGCCGCCUGCUCUGGCGCUUUGAAUCCGAACCUGCACGGCAGCAGCUGCUGGCCGGCUGCCUGCGUCUGCUGGGCGCGCCGUUGCCUGGUGCGCUGCCCAGCAACAGCCCCGCUGCCUCUGCAGCUGCUGGCGGCGCUGACGAGCUCUGGCAGGCGGCCGCCGCAGCGGGCUGCCACCCAGGCAGGGCCGCCAGCGACGGCGGCAGCAGCACUAGGAGUGGCGGCUGGGUGGCCGAGGUGCUGGUGCAAGGGGACUGGGGCUGGCUGCUGGGCAGCACCAGCAGUAGGAGCAGCGGCAGCGGCGCAAGCCCUGGGGAGCCGCCACCGCCAGGCCUGCGCGAGCAUCCCUGGUACCAAGCCGACGGCACCCGGCGUGAGCUGGUGACGCACCUGCUGGCAGCACUGGUGAGGGGGCCUGGCCGCCAGGACGCGGGCGUGGCGGAGGCACUGCUGUCGGCAUAUGCGCAGCUGGAGGUGGCAGCAGGCAGCACCAAGGCGGCGCGCAAGGUCUACCAGACCUGCUUUGCCACCGUGGGCGCGCCUGGCAGCCUGGCGGCCGCAUCCUCGGCGGCGGCGCUGGUGCUGGGCGCGGUGCAGCUGGAGCUUCAGGAGUCGCCCGCAGCUGCCUCGCCCACAGCGCUGCCGUCGCCAGCAGCGGCAGCGCCCAGCUGCAUCGCCGGCAGCCUGCUGCGCGCGCUGCUGGGCGCAACGCCUGAUGCAGCUGUGACCAGGGCGGCCCGCCAGCUGGCCUGGCUGGGCAGCGGCGGGGCUGUGGCGCUGCCGGGGCCCCCGAGCGCCACUGCCCCGCCGCCACUGAGUCAGGCAGAGGUUGUGGCAGCCAAGCGAGGCUUCCAGGACCAUCUGCUGGCACUCAUGCAGCAGCAGCAGCUGUUGCAGCAGCAGCAGGCGAUAGGCGCCCCAGGCGGCGACAGCAGCCUGCUGACACCUGGCGGCUGCGCGCUGGUCGGGGCGGCGGCGGCCUUGGAGCAGCUGCUCGGGCGGCUGCGUGGGGAUGUGGCUGGGGGAGCCAAGGCAGCGCUCACCAUUUACGACCAGGUUCUGUCGGCGCUGAUGCCCCAGCUACAAAAUCAGCAGCAGGUGGCGGCAGCAGGGGGGGCAGCGCAGCUGCCGUGCGACGCCCAGCUGGAGCUGCUGAGCUGGCAGCGGUGCCAGCUGGCUGCCGACGCGGCGCGCGCCGCGCUGCCGUGCGCGCCGCCGCGCGCGGUGCGGGAGGCCCUGCUGCGCGCGCUGAGCCUCUACCCGUCCAGCUCAGCGCUGCUGCAGCUGCUGGUGGCCCACGAGUGCGCGGGGCACACCCUGACGCAGCUGCGCCGGGAGCUGCACGCCAUCCUGGAGCGCAGGCCCUCCCCGCAGCUCUGGCUGGCCAUGGUGGCUGUGGAGGUGACCACCCACUCCCCGGGGGCGGUGGUGCAGGCGACCCUGGAGCGUGCUGUGUCGAGCGACAGCGGGCGCGCCUGCCCGCUGCUGUGGCGCUGCUACCUGCGGUACGAAGCGUACCGCGGCCGCCGCGACGCCGCCCGCAGGCUCUUCCUGCGCGCCAUCGCCGCCUGCCCCUGGGCCAAGGCGGUGUGGUGCGACGGCCUGGCGCUGCUCAAUGGCCACGCGCCGCCAAAGGAGCUGUCGGAGUAUGUGGAGGUGAUGAAGGACAAGGAGCUGACGCUGCGCACCGACGUGUUUGAGGUGGUGCUGGCGCAGCUGGAGGGCAGCCCCAAGGUGGCGGCGGCGCCGGACAGCGCUCCGUGA